ACAAAAAUAUCAGCAUUGGAGAGAGAGAGAGCGCCAGGGAAGGUAGUGCACACGGGUUAGCUGUACGUGGUUAUUUGCUUACAUAUACUUUACCUGUUUCCCAAAAUUAUUAGCAACUUUAGUUUUUUUCCCGUGGUGGAGGUGGAUACAGAACUGGUGAGAAACUUCCUACUUUGGUUUGAACAAGGUUUGCAGUUCAAUGCACGCUUUCUUCAUGCAAAAUGACUAGUAGUGCCAUACCGUAACCACAGGACGAAAAGUGGUGUGGUUUUUGUUCAACGGGCGUCUUAGGUCCCUGGGCUGGUCGAAGCUGUGGCUUGCUUAAUUGGCUUUGAUGGUUUGGACGGACAGGUCACCUGAGAACAACAAAAGAAGGUUUCAUUCCACUUUAUCAAGCAACAUCUUUGGCCAGAACUGUACAGCCUUCAAAAUGCACCUGACUCACCUUCCUCUUAAAUGAAUACUCCAUUGUGGAGGGUUUGGUCCACACUCUACGGUUUGGUGUGAACAACAAAGUCCGUUCGGGAAAAGAGGACUUGGUGAGGUUGGCAAACAAACUUGCUAAACCUCAGGGGACUACAUGGACAGUGUGAGAAAUUGAACUGCUGAUAGAAAUUAGAUUAGGCUUGUCAGUGAAGCUAGGCCAUGAACGGAUAUGUUUCUUCAAAUUACCCUGUCGGGGGGCUGGGAGCCUACUCCUCAUCCACCAAUGGAUUUGGUUCCCAGUCUCCUGAGCGCUCCGAGGUGGACACAGCCUUCACGAAGAGCAGAGCAAAGGCCUUGUACGAGCAAAGGAAGAACUAUGCGAGGAACAGCCUUUCCAGCAUGUCAGAGACCUCGCAGUACCGGGUUGAGCACUUGACCACCUUUGUGAUGGACCGCAAGGAGGCCAUGGUGACCAUGGAGGACGGGCUCCGGAAGCUGAAGCUGCUGGACGCCAAGGGGAAGGUGUGGACCCAGGACAUGCUGCUGCAGGUGGACGAUAAGGCAGUCUGCCUCAUCGACGUGGAGACCACGAACGAGCUGGAGCACUUUCCCCUGAGCACGAUCCAGCACUGUCAGUCUGUGAUGAACGCCUGCAGCUACGACUCCAUCUUAGCGCUGGUGUGUAAAGAACCGGGCCAGGCCAAGCCAGACCUGCACCUCUUCCAGUGCGACGAGAUCAAGGCGAACCUGAUCCAGUCAGAUAUCGAAAGCGCGAUCAGUGACAACAAAGGAGGCAAGCAGAAGAAAAGGCCGGACACACUCAGGAUGAUUUUGAAGAGCAGCAACGCCAUCCCUCCGCCCCCCUCCGCCCCGGCCCCGUUCCCCCCUGCCACUGUCACUCAGGUGGAUGUGAAGAGCAGGGUGGCAGCCUGGUCAGCCUGGGCAGCUUCUGAGAACCAAGACUGUGAUAAGCAGAGGAUGGUUCCGGAACACGAGGAGACCCUGGAGAUGAUGGGAGCGCGCGUGGACCGUGACGUGCAAAUUUUAAACCAUCUUUUGGAUGACAUUGAGUAUUUUGUUACCAAACUUCAGAAAUCAGCUGAAGCGUUUUCUGAACUGUCAAAGAGGAAGAGAUCCAAGAAAAGUAAACGGAAGGGUCCGGGAGAGGGAGUCCUGACUCUUCGGGCGAAGCCACCCACUCAGGAACAGUUUGUCGACUGUUUCCAGAAGUUCAAGCAUGCCUUCAACAUGCUGGGUAAAUUACAGUCCUACAUUCAGAACCCGAGUGCCCCCGAACUGAUCCACUUCCUGUUCACACCGCUCAACAUGGUGAUCCAGACCACCGGGGGGGUAGAACUGGCCAGCAGCGUCCUCAGCCCCUUGCUAACGAGAGACUCUGUUGACUUCCUGCACUCCUGUCUCACUCCGGGGGAAAGGCAGCUGUGGGUGUCUCUCGGCGAUGCCUGGACCAAACCAAGGAGCGACUGGCCCAAGGACCACUACAUCCCCACCUAUGUGCCUCGCUUCCGCAAAGGCUGGGAGCCACCACUGCUGAACUCCUUGGGGAGCACGCAGGAGCAGGACCACCACCAGCUAGCAGAGUCUGUGAGCCAGGCUGCUGAGCACCGCAGAGAGGAGCGUCCCAGGCUGUCGCUCGAGCAACCCAGUGUCCAGGACUUCCCUCCAGCCGAUGGAAAUUACGAGGCCCACGGGAAACCUCAACCAAACAACUUUGCCAAAUCCAAGUAUGACUUUGUAGCGAGAAACGGCACCGAACUCUCUGUGGUGAAGGACGAAAUCUUGGAGGUGCUUGAUGACAGGAAGCAGUGGUGGAAGGUUAAAAACGCGAGCGGUGCUUCUGGGUACGUGCCAAACAACAUCCUGGAAAUUACCAGAGCAAACCAGGAGCUGGGGGUCGGGAGAGCGGAUCCCCUGUACAGCCACACUAUCCAGCUCCUGAUGCCAAAGAAGGAGUUUGAGUUGUUCAAGCAAUUACUUGGAGAGUUGUCAGAGAAACAGAAAACAGACUAUGUCCCGAAACAGCUGAACCCCAUCCCCCCAGCCCCCUCCCCUCCGCCGGUCCCAGCACCGUUCCCCAUCCCUCCCCUGGUGCCCGGGACCUUCGCUGGGGGGUGGCGCCCCCCCUCCACCUCCCCCGCCAAUGUGAGCCGACAGGACAGUAGCAACUCAAGCGACAGCGGGAGUGUGGUGCUGAGAGACAGCCAGCGGGACAGGCAGCUCCCAUCCAACCGCAGGAAGUCUCACAUGGAGGAGGUGCAGGACGAGCUCAUGCACAGGCUGACAAUCGGGCGCAGCGGGGCCCCCAAGAAGAUCCAGGGGCCCCUGAGAGGCAGUAGCAGCUCGGGGGGCCCGGGGGUCGACCUCUCGUACAGUUCCCCCCCGGAGGAGGUGAAGGCCUGGCUGCAGGCAAAGGGAUUCAGCCCUGUGACCAUCACCAGUCUGGGAGUGCUGACGGGGGCCCAGCUCUUCUCUCUCAACAAGGACGAGCUGCGGACGGUGUGCCCGGACGACGGGGCUCGAGUCUACAGCCAGGUCACCGUGCAGAAGGCAGCUCUGGAGGGUUCAGGCAGCUCGUCGGAGCUGCAGGAGAUCAUGCGGAGACGACAGGAGAAGCUCAGCUCAGUGGCCUGUGACUCCGGUGUGGAGUCCUUCGACGAGGGAAGCGGUCACUAGAGAGCCGUGCGUUAACCUUCCCUUCCUGUGCAUUGUUUUAGGACGCGGUGGAUGGGACGACCGCUUUCACUGAGAUCAUGCGCCGGCGACAACAGCUCCUGCAUCAGUGACACCUGAAUCCUAGACUAGAGACACACACUGUACCACCACACUGCAGCUUACCAUCACAGACCAGAGACACACGCUGUACCACCACACUGCAGCUUACCAUCAUUGACCAGAGACACACGCUGUACCACCACACUGCAGCUUACCAUCACAGACCAGAGACACACACUGUACCACCACACUGCAGCUUACCAUCACAGACCAGAGACACACGCUGUACCACCACACUGCAGCUUACCAUCACAGACCAGAGACACACGCUGUACCACCACACUGCAGCUUACCAUCACAGACCAGAGACACACGCUGUACCACCACACUGCAGCUUACCUGGAGAGUGGUUUUGGGGUGGGGGUGGGGGAGAGAUACCCUGGCUGAAGACUUUUGUCCAAGUAACCGAAAUAGAAGCACACAUUAAAAAAAGUUAUUGCAGUAAAGCAUUUUGAAAAUGACAUGAUUUAUUGAUUGUCUAAGAUUAUUAUUAAUAUUAUUGUUUAUUAUUUACAUUUGGUUCAUUAGACAAGUAUAUCCUUUUUUGUGCUUUACAUUGAUUCUGAGGAAUGCCAAAAAAAUGUUAUUUAAGCAAACGUUAAUGAGGUUCUAGAUAUGGAGUCUUCGGUAUACAAAUUACUUUUUUACGUUCGAAAUAUGAAGUGCGACCCCCUUGGCUUGGACACGUUACAGAAUGGUUGUGCAUGAAGCCUCUAAGAAUGUGGUCUGUGUGCUGCACUGAUCAGGGCCUCUUCAUCAUUUUCACUGCAUUGCAUGCUGUCUAUCCUUCCUGGCAAAUUAAAACAGCUUCAAAUAAUACAGUCCCCGUGUUGUUCCCCUGUUCCAUAGUCAAAUUCAAUCAAGGCACCUCAUUUCUGUAUUAACAUCAGGGCUUUUUGAAUGUGAUCACAAGUUUGUGACACUUGUUUUGCAAACACAGUUCAUGAGAAGUCCUCCUGUGUCUGGCAGUUUGAUUUACCCGUGUCACAAAGUGGCUCUGUAUUGCGUUGAAUGAAUCUUCCAUCAUCUGUAACUGUUAAACACUCGAUACUGCUGGAUUUAGAUGAGAAGAUUUUAUUUCAGUGUGCAGCGAUGUGCAAUAUGAGAUUUAUUUCCAGCAGUGUCACCAAUUCCAGGUUUUAAUAUGUGCUUGAUUAGCACCAGUGUAUAGGUAAGCAGCUCAGGUGUGUCUUAUUAAACUUGCAGUAAAACCAGAUAUGGAUCAAACUGCUAUGCAAUGGGAGUCUUAUUGCAUCCCUGAAAUCUGUCAGUUUCUUCUUAGGACAGUCGGUGUGUGUUAUGGAGAGAGGAUAGGAGAAGGGAAGGCAUUAAUGAUGAUCCAUAACUUCCACCUUCCCAGGACAAAGGACUAAGUCAAUGGAUCGGGCCAGUAUAACCCUCAGUAGGUCAUCCUUUAUCCUAGCUAACGUUUGAACAGAAAGGGAGGUUUUUUUAACACAUGUGUUUUGGGCAAUAAACCAGGUUAUUAAUCGCUUGAAACAGGUCGUUUGUGGGGGUGUUGGACACAAAUGGAAUUAUUUUUGACCAAAGCUCAAGGCAGUGUAGAUUAGAGAUAUUGAAACAGUGGUGCUGUCUGGAUUUUAAUGGUUUCACAAACUAAGAUGUGAUCUUUUGAGCGUCUUGAUUGUCUGCUAUGCUACGAAGUGAACUUUCCCCUUUGAGCAUUCCUGCUGGAGCACAGCGGCCUCUGCGCAUUCCUGCAGCCAGGUGUACCCUCUUGGCACCUCCAGCACACCUUGGGCUGUCCCACUCUCAAUGCCCACAAUGCUCAGGUUUUACUGCGACACAUCUGCAAGGUGACCUCGUCGCUUUGUCUGUGUUUUAAUGGCUGCGAAACCACCUCUGCCAGAGCAAGAUUCUCACAUUGCUGUUUUGUGCCGAGUCUGUGCUUGUGGUGCACGCGGUCAGUCCCAUUGUAACACAGCAAGCUAGCGGAGGGAAUGGAACGCUGAGGGAUUGUUCUGUGAGAUUUGUCCCGGGGAAACUAAGCAUACAGUAAUUGUCUCAGAGAUUUCGUACCCCCUUAGUGCAAGCACAUUUUGAGUUUUUUUGUUAAAUAAAACCCAAAGCUUAGUGUACAAAGUGUACAUUUUAGUUUUUUCAGUUUCUGGUGUCUGUUGUAAAUGUGUUCUUUAGAAAAUCACUUUGUAUGUAACUUGAUUCCUGCACCCCUCUCCCCUAUUUUUUUUUUCUUUUUUAAUUUUAUUUAUGAUCUGAAAAAAAAAAAAAUAAUGAAAUACAUUGUUUGAAAACUAGUAAAUGUCUGCAUUUUUGGAUAUUUUUUUUCCCCAAAAAGUAAAUGUGCAAUCUGUUGCUUAAAUGAAAAUGUUAUUGUAUAUUUGGGAACAAUCCAUGUAGAAUGAUUUAUGUUUGUAUUUGUGUAGUUGUCAUGGUGCCUUUUUUCCCCCACAUGAUCCUGCUGAAAUUCUGCAAUAAACAGUAUUCUGAAGAACCAA